CGGCAAUAAAGAUGCAGGAGCAUUCACAUCUGCUGAAUAGACUCCAGAUAGGUGAUCGCGGUUUCGCAGCUCACACUAAGGGACGUCUGCGAGAUGAAGCAAUCCGAAAGUGGGAAAAAAGCAACCCGCCAAUGUUGGGAGUGCCUCAAACGGCGGCUAGUAUGCGACCAUACGUUACCCCACUGCAAAAAGUGCCAGAAGUACGGCAAGGAGUGUCCCGGAUAUAACGAACAGAAACCGCUGCAGUUUGUCGAAACGGGGAAGGUGACCUCUCGAAGAAGGAAAGACUGCCCACCUAAGACAUACACGAUUCCCUCCCCCAAGGCCGAUCAGCUUCCUCAAAAGGAGGAUCCUUCCGAACCUCUUAACUCCUCGUCGGAUAAUGACGCUGCCGUGCUAGUGCCUAUCGACCUUCGAUCAGAUGUGACGGGCUGGGAGCUGGGAAACGAAGCAGGUUGGAGUUACAUGACGGAAAAUCAUCCUGACAGUACACUCUGGGAAAACACAUGCAGGCAGGCGGCAGAAGUCAACCGACUCUUUGGUCUCGGAGGAAGAGCUAAGAUAGAAGAGGUAGUAGCCAAGAGGCUGCACAAGGAGGCUGCGAAGAUGCUGCGUUCAGAGAAAGAACCUCUUAGGACGUUGGAACGCCUCUUGUGGGUAAUGCACACUCAUGAUGUGCCGACAUAUGACUACCUGUCAAAUGAGACUUCAGACGUAGUACAAGCUGUCCACUACUACAAUGUACGAAUACACCCCGAGUUUAAGGCUUCCGGAGAGCUCGCACCUAAUCCGGCCCUUAUCUUCUUACCCCUGCAUAUUUUACAUAUCCUCCCUUCUACAAUUCACCACAUCUUGGUCUGCAUAUCGCUCAAUUAUUUCAUUCAAUGUCUUCCUUCCGGUACCGAUCGGUCAGCGGUGGUGACCAAUCGAUCGAAAGUGUAUCAUCAUCGUGGUGCUGCUAUUCGAGCAUUGAGCCGCUACUUGGAAACUGAUAAGACGCGAUGUAGCGACUUCACUAUUACUAGUAUAUUGAUGUUUAUGAGCAUGGAUCUUCAAAACCCCGCCAUGGCGGACUGGCGUUCGCAUGCCAGCGGUAUGAAUCGAGUGAUUGAUAUGCGCGGCGGCUUUAAAAAUUUAAUGAAGCAGGCACCACACCUCACUCCGGCGCUAGUUAUUUAUAUGAUCAUCGUCAUAAUUGGAAACACGUGCAGUCCUUCAUGGAACCAAAUCGACAUCGAUAACUCUCCUAGCCAGACUGUCGAAUACGUAAGGGAGACCCACAGCCUCAUCUUCCCAUAUAUCCUCUGUCCACGGGAGCUCUUCGUUGAAGUGAUCAGGACGAACCAAUUACGGAAAAAAGCAUCGGCAGCAAUGAAGCUUUGUGAGAUCGAGUCCAACCACGUUAUGGAAGCUUACGACCUGCUCGCUCGCAUCAAAGCCUUCGUCCCGGUAGACUGGGCGCAACCCGGCGCAUAUUACGACGAAUGGCUGCUAAUAGGAACAAUGUUUCAGUCUGCAGUCGCGAUUUACUGCACAAUGUCGCUACAAUCGCUGACAAUCUUACCGAAUUCUCUUGAGAUAGAUACCAUACGGUCAGUUCAAGGCGACCGCCUUCUAAAAAGUCUCAGAGCAGCAGUCAAUGUACCACGCGUGAUGAAGUUCGCUGUAUGGCCCCUUGUAGUAUCAGGAGUUGAAGCUGCGUACCGAGACGAAGCCGCAAGAAAUUACGUCGAUUCGGUUUUGUCUGACUUGAGUUGCGUUUUGAGAACAAAUAGUCCGCUUAAAGCGCGGGCGGUGUUGAGGCGCUAUUGGCAAAAGGGGGUGCCGGGCUGGGACGAAUGUUUCGACCGUCCGGAGACAGUGUUAGUGGCCACUUGUAUGUGCUAGAGCGGAAGAUGAUGCUGCUGCUAGGGGCUGCAUAAUACGUGGUCGAAGUUCUCACGGAAUCCUUCCUGCAAUGUCACAUCGGAGCCUGGAUAAACUCGAAAUACUACGCAGCUGUACUUGGCUUUUGCAGAUCUAUUUGGAAAGGUAUAGGCUAGGCUGCCUGAUGGUCCAAUUACUUGCUCUAGAUUCACUUGGAGGAAGGACUCCGAAUUAUUGCAGCAGCUGGUAGCGAUGAAUAUAUUACAACCUC